GACGAGAUUAUUGCAGUGUUUCCCCAUCGGAUUGCUAUCUUGGUGCACACUGCGCAAUCUCGGAGUGUGUCGGGUCUUAGGUGAAUUUGCAGUGCUGUCGGUCCGCAACAAUUAAGAACAGUAUGUCAAAUCCGUGUCAUGUUUUGCGAGUGAAGGCGCUUUAUCGACGAAUACUGUUUCUGCACAAAUUUCUGCCUGUGCACUUGAAAGCCUUGGGAGAUCAGUAUGUAAAAGACGAAUUUAAAAGAAACAAAAAGGCCAGCCCUGAGCAAGCACAGAGUUUUCUGGCAGAAUGGGAGAUAUAUAAGGACACACUUCAAAAUCAGGUGACAGAGAUUUUGAGAAAUAAGCCAAAUGGAAUUCAAUUUGGAGUGAACCUUACAGACGCACAGUUAAACCAGUUUCAAGAAGAACAGAUUGGGCAAUUGCAUCAGCUGAUGACAGAAUCAACUAAACCUUGUCAACAGUUUAAUAUUCAGGACAGUCCUGAUCACAAGUGAUCACUGCAUUGUUUCCAGGAUGCCAAGAAAGACAUUUUGAUUUCUUUAGUUAGGUAACUGUUUAAUAUGUACAUACAGCACAUCCUAACUGGGAUGCCAGUCUAUCACUUGGCACAUUCACUCACCCACAAAUACUCAUUAGCACUGCGCCAGUUUCAUGUUACAAAUCAAGCCAAAUGCAUGUCUGCACUGUGGGAGUAAAGCUACUUGAGCACACGGAGAUCAUGUAAAACAAGCACCUCUACUGGCUGCACCACCAUGUUGCCAGUAAAUUCUCAGCUUAUUCCUUACAAAGAUUAUCAACAUUGUUUAUUAAAUGGAAGACCUUAAUUUAAAUGAUUUAACUUAUAUUGGUCAUCUAAUUUUAAUUAAUAAAAGGUAUGGUAAAACCCUUGGAGCCUCCUAUCAGCUUACUAAAAAAGUAAAAACAAAUGACAGAACUGGAUAGUUUACUCUGAAAAAAAAAUUUGUAACAUCAAACGAUGUUAUCUCUUAACUUCCUUUAAAAGUUUAAAAUCAAACAAUGUUUGAAACUUCCAAGGUAUUUAGAGAAGUGUACAGGAGGAGCAAUGUAGUAGAAUUUAAUUUUCCAUUCAAUUUCGAACUUGCAAAACUCAUAUAUUUGGGUCAAACAAAAGCAGUAAAGAAUUUAUACAAUGUUUUUUAUGGCGAUUAUGUGUGUUUUAUUAAUUUAAGAUUUUAAGACCCUUUUAAUUUUUCAUAAUGUUUUACAAAAAUAGUACAGUAGUAUUUAUUAUUUUGCCUAUUUUUCUGAGAAUGUACUGUAUCAUGGACAUAUUGUAUUAUGAAUUCUGUAUCACAAUACGCAUUGUACCUGGAUUAAAUUAAUCGACACCUGCCCAGUAUAGAUAUAUAUUGGGCCUGGAAAAGAAUGUGCCCAAAGUCAGGGUACCACAUUCAACAAGCAACAGGGAUAACCACAGCCUUGAGAGGAUUGUGAAGCACAACCCAUUCAAGAAUUUGGGGGAGAAUCACAAGGAAUUGAGUGCAGCUGAAGUCAGUUCUGCAAGAGCCACCACACACAAAUGUAUCCGGGACAUGGACUACAUCUGUCGCAUUCCUCAUGUGAAGCCACUCCUGAACCAGAGACAAUGUCAGAAGUGUCUUACCUGGGCUAAGGAGAAAACUGACUGGACUGUUUCUCAGUGGUCCAAAGUCCUCUUUUCAGAUGAAAGUAAAUUUUGCAUUCCAUUUGGAAAUCAAGGUCCCAGAGUCUGGGACAAUUCGUGAUGAUUUGGGGAGCCACAUCAUCUGCUGGUAUUGGUCCAUUGUGUUUUAUCAAGUCCAAAGUCAGUACAGCCGUCUACCAGGAAAUUUUAGAGCACUUCAUGCUUCCCGCUGCUGACAAGCUUUAUGGAGAUGCUGAUUUAAUUUUCCAGCAUGACGUGGCACCUGCCCACACUGCCAAAAGUACCAAUACCUGGUUUAAUGACCGUGGUAUCAUUGUGCUUGAUUGGCCAGUAAACUCGCCUGACCUAAACCCCAUAGAGAAUCUCGGGGGUAUUGUCAAGAGGAAGAUGAGAGACACCAGAACCAACAAUGCAGACCAGCUGAAGGCCACUAUCAAAGCAUACUGGGCUUCCAUAACACCUCAGCAGUGCCUCAGGCUGAUCGCCUCCAUGCCAUGCCGCACUGAUGCAGUCAUUCAUGCAAAAGGAGCCCCAACCAAGUUUUGAGUGCGUAUGCGGACAUACUUUUCAGUAGGCCAACAUUUCUGUAUUAAAAAUCAUAAUUUAUUGGUCUUAUGAAAUAUUCUAAUUUUCUGAGAUAGUGGAUUUUGAGUUUUCAUCACCUGUAAGCCGUAAUCAACGAAAUGAAAAGAAAUAAACACUUGAAAUAUA